GAUUCCAAAUGCACGUACACACGUGUUAAUGUACAAUACAUACAUAUAUAACGUGUCGGACUUGGAACCCUUGGAAAUAUUGGAACUGCUUGGGACGCUUGUAAAAAUCGAGCGAAGAAGCCAUGAUGAAUCGCGUGUACAUUUUCAAUGUUUUUGUGAUUUAAACGUGUAGAGUGUAGAUAUACAAUUUGCAUAAGCAUCUUGCAUUUGUGCAUCCAUAUGUACACGGAGAAAGAGGACUACAUAACAUAGCCACAAGAAGCCUCUAAUGUUCGAUGAUUCGUAUUUGUAGUCACGGCGACUAAGUAGCUAAUAUUGUGACGGAAGGAUUCAUUGUUUAAACCUUGUCGUAAAGAUGAAACCAUGUUUGCAUAUUUUAUGGGAACAUAAAAAGUAACUUAUGUUUAAUAUAUUUGAAUCGAGUUAUGGAAUUUAUUACGUCAACUCAAUCUGUACAUAUAAAUAUUUCAAAGUGAUCGAGAGUCUUUUACCUAGUUACGAUAAGGAUAGCAUAUUCUGUAUAUUCUUUAAUUUUUAUAUCUAAAACAGAACAAGCAUUUGCAACGAUCGCCUAAUAGUUAUGAGAAUGACUGACGAUAAAAUGAAGGGAAAUUACAACGUUAGUAGUAUAGAAAUGGAACAAAAAAAACAUUAUCUGCCUUGGAGUCCACUGGAACGGAACAGAUUCGCAAGAAAACAUACAUAUGUAUCGUGCAGCAAAUCUGUACCACGUAGGAAUAAACAUUUUGUUCGAUAUAAUAUGAGUAGAUCGCUAAAUUCUGAUAAAAAUGUGUGCGGAUCUAGUCCAGAGAACAGUUCUUUCGAAGAGGACAAACGUAUGUCCAGAUCCUCCAAAAUAAUGAAAGCUUUAAAUUUUCACACGAAUCUGUCGCAUUAUGGAAAAACAAAAAUAAAGAAAUCACUAAAUUUUAAUUUGACUCCAAGCCCGAAAAGAUUUUCUUGUGCGAAGAAAUGUACACAACAAGCUUCGAGGUCGAGUUCUUUGUCUGCUUCGAACAAGCUUUCCGACUUGGUUAAAGACCCAGACGACUGUGCAAAUAAUAGCUUUGCGCCGAGUUCGUCCGAUUCCAUUGAUGAAAAUCAAAAUGAAACACCACUGCGACGACGCGCAAUAGAACGAGAAACCUUACACUAUUCUACACCCAAUGCGAAGUCGAAUACAAAAUCUUUGUUUUCUGUCAAUUCUACGCCAUUAUUACGUGGACGGCUGAAAGAAACUAUCUCUGAUAUUGUUCACGUUAACGGAACGACACCUGUUUCGCAGACAUCGAAAUGUGUUCAAGGCAAUUCGAAACGUUUCGAUAGUUCUAUGACGAAUACGUCGAGAAAUUUAUUUCACGAAUUUCACGAGGAUGACGACGACGAUAGACCUCAAACACCUGAAAAUGUAAUUACUAUAAUCCCCGACAGUAUGAGCGCUAUCAAAAGAAGUCAUAAAAAGGAAAAAUCAUCAAGACGAAGUGGAUAUUGUGUAAUGCAACUUACAAACAGUUCUCCAGAUUCAAGCAAACCGCAUAUGGAACGAUUAUCGCUGGAUCAUUCCGAAAAUGAUAUUUCAGAUACUGGUUCGUUGUUCGACUAUACGGAAGAAUCAAAAUUUGGAGAAGAGUCGAGUCGCAUAACGAACUGCGACAUCAUCGUUCCUUUGACUAACUUUCAUGAACGCGAUGUCAAAGAAACAACGUCGCAUGAAAGCGCAAAAAAUAUUUCAGAAACUGUGGUACCAGAGGUAACGGCAGAUGCUGUUUUAGAAUCUGAUACGUCGGUUACUUCACAGAAUAGUAUACAUUUUUUACGAAAGGAUGCCGACCAUUUUAUUAAAAGAUCUUACAAAAAGAGUAAAGAAACAAAUCAAACGAAAUUAUAUGGUAUAAAAAUUCCACAACAUAAAGUGGAAACAGUCAAGGGGGAAAAUGUAACCUAUAGAGAAACUAUCACCAAACCGAAUGUAGACAUUGUAGAGGAUAAAUUAGUAUUUACGGAAGAAAGUUGUUCUGAGAUAUCGGAACGAGCAUGCACUCCCGAAAAAGUGAAUUCUAGUAGAUUGUUACUCUCACAAUUUAGUUCCGUGAAAAAAUCGCAUAAGAAAGAUAAGCAUGCCAACAUACUGUCUGGUUUUCAAAAACGGCAAGAGUAUUUUAACGAAGAAAUGGACUCUGCUAGAUACAGUAAAACUCCAGAAUCGGACGUUGACGUCAAUGUUGACGUUGACGUUGGCGUUGGCGUUGGCGUUGGCGUUGGCGUUGACGUUGACGUUGACGUUGACGUUGACGUUGACGUUGACGUUGACGUUGAUGUUGGAGUACAAGAAGUGGCAAAUCUUACCGAUUCUAGUUGUUCGUUGGACGUAUCCUCGGAUAAGUUGUCUCCGAGUAAAAGAAAAAUUCCAUUGGACGAAUUCUUGGAACACGAUACCAGCGUGUCGUGCGAUUCAGAAUUGCAAGACUACGACAUAUUUCAAAAGGAAUUUCAAAUUUUCACUCCACUGAAAAGAAAACGGUCAUUAAUCGCUUCGAAUUCCAAAGGGUAUUCGCAUUUCUACGAUUUACCGUCUGGCAAAGAUAAAUAUUCCGAGGCAGACCUCGCAAACGUCAACUUAUCGAGAUGUUUAACACCGAUUCUAAACAUUCGAGAGCAUUGCGAGCCAUCGACCGAACGCCAAUCGAUAGCCACAAACUCUAACGAAUCCGAGAGAUUGGAGGCACAAGAUCAUGAUCCGAACGAUAGAACUGGCAGGUCGACACCUAAAAACAUGUCAACCGCAGAAUUGUAUCUGAAUUUAGAUUCCAUAAAGAAAUCUCACAGAAAGAAUAAACGUGGCAGCAAUUCGCGAAAACUGAGUUUUAAUCCGAUUGAAAAUAGUGCAGUUGAGAAAGGGAAUUGGCAGAAUUUAUCGACCGAGAUCGGAAACGAUUCUUUUGAGAAUUUUGAGCUUUCGCAAUCGGACUGCGAUGGAAACGGUAUGCGCAACGAUUCAACAUCAAACGAAGACGAUAAUGUGCAAGGUUCGAGUUGUAUUGGCGCAAGUAAACAGGCCGCGUCGAACACGAAUGUCGCGGAGAUCGCACUUCAAAAUGUCACACCACCGAAUUGUUUGAAAACGAAAAAUUAUAUAAAAUUGUUACAAGAAACGUCUAUCAAACGAUCACACAAAAAGAUCCGAGAUCAAAGAAAACACGAAGAAUCCAUCGAACCGAAUCAGCUAUCGGACGACGGAUCUCUAUUCGGGGAUGAAGAGAAAUUGCUUGACACUGAAUCAACUUAAAAAUAGUUAUUUUUUCUCUGCGAUACAAACGCUUACAAAGUUGACAAAAAAGGUAAUUGAUCAGCACAAAAAGUGUAAUUCUCUCUGUCCUACUAAUCAAAUUUUCUCGCGUCUCAUACACGGUCGAGUAUAAUACUUGCUUAUAUCCCAGCAUGAUUGCACGAAACGCAUAACGGUUUUCGUGCAACCGUGACGGUCUGGACAACCCUGAAGGAGUUCUGUAUCGUUUUAGCUAUUAAUUGAGUCAUAGUGACCCAAAGAGACUCAACUUCGUCGCUUCUUUCUUCUUUUGAAAUCAUUUCAUGUAUAUAUAUAUAUAUAUAUAUAUAUAUAUAUGUUUUGAUAUCAUUGCUAACUUUUCUGGCAUUAUUAGCAACAAUAGCUACGAUACUGUUCCAAAAUGUAUUAUAUUCGUCCGUAUCGUCUCUUAUAUGUACACAUACGCAUAUACGUACAUCUAUCGACGUAUAUGCUACCGUUUUCUCUUUCCGAAAUCAUGUAAACAAAUCUUUUGCACAUAAUAACUGUGUACUAUUAGUUAUUCUAUAAUACAAAAUACGAUAUAGCAAACCAGAUCUCUGUUAUACUAUACGAUAGAACAUUCUAUUAUUCUUUGAGAAUUUUCAGCAAAUUUCAGAAAAUACUAGACUGUGAAGGAACAAUUGAAUAAGUAUAUAAUAAUAGAGGCAGGGAGGGAGAGAACAAACUGAACAAUAAUUUGAACUCUUUAACGUUUUAAAUAAUUUUCCUCUUUUUUCUUGUUAUUCUUGCGCAAAGUUUGCUUCAAUUAUUAAUACGUCGGGUAAUUACGUUUGGUGGUGGAAACAGCGUAAAGGCGACGAUAGUCAUAAAGCUAAAGGAAAAUUUGUAAAAUAUCUCGCAUAUUCGAUUUAUCCAAUAUAUAAAUCAUUUAUAUGUAGAAAUACUCAUAUUUGAAAUCUUAGGGACUGGUAUUAUAAGGGUUCCCGGAAUUAGCAUUUCUGUUCAUUUAAAUGUAUAGCAUGUAACAUUCGAACGAUACAGUUUGCGAAAACUGAAUUCUCCUCGAUACAUAUUUGUCGAAUGGUGCGUUUUAAUUCGUAGCUCUACUAACUUGUCUUCCUGUAUGCUAAGCGGUUCAUGCAUUUUCUAUGUACAAUUAUAUAAAUGCGUUUAUUGCGACAACAACAGUAUUAUACUGCAAAUAUAUUCGAUGCAGAAUAGUAAAACACUAUAGAAAAACGUAACUGAUUUAGCAAUAUCACUUACAACUACAGCAACAGCACAGCAAAUAUUAUUUUAUCUAAUCCUUACGUUGCACAGUUUUCAAUAGAUUUUCGUAAUUAUUGCAGUACGAUACAUUCAAUUAUUGUUGAAACUAAUCCAUCAAUUUGUAGAUUACAUGAAUAUUUUAUAUACCCAUAAGAGAAUUAUGGAAAUAGGAUCGUUGAUCUUUUCUUUGCUUUCAUAAAAUCGUGUUAAUCGAAAUUUUAUAUUCUAUUUUCCCUCUUGUUAGAUGUUAUUAUCUUACAACUGCUUCCUCUUCGACAAAACUUAGAUGUUAAUACCUUGAGACGGAAAUGUGCUUAACAGAAUAAUUUCAGUCAAUUUGUAGAUUCAAAGAAGAUAAGAAAAAUCGAUAAAUGUCAAUUCUUAACCCUCCGCGGUUUAAAAUGUUUCCACACUUUUAUUUCAGAAUUUGUCAUAAUUUAAUCGUGCUUCCAUUUGUAAUUUCAUAAUCGAAUUAAGAACAAUUACUGGAUUGAAAUAGGACAGUAAAGGGUUAAAGUUUCAUUUAUCAGUUUCUCCAAGGUUCUCAAUGUGUUAAACCCAGAAAUAUUGUACAUGUACGAAGAAGUAUGAUCCAGUUCUCGAACCGAUCAAUGAAACGUAUCUGAUAAUCAAUUUGUUGGGAUGCAGUGUGUAUAUUGAAAAUUACUAUUUGUAACAUUUGAAAUAAAUUUAUUGCUACAAAAUGCGAUACUAAUAUUAUCACAAUGUAUAAAAAAUAAAAAGCUAAAGAAAGGAGAAAUAA